AAAGAAGAAUGAUGUCAGCUUCUUCCUGCCUUAAAAUGGCGUCAUCAGACUAGUAAACAGUUGAUUGAUCGCCUUGAGGACGAUGUUUUCCGUUUCUCUUUGACGUUUUCUUCUCAUUGAAGUGAUUUCAGUUUUGAUAUUAAUAUAUCUAACUUGGCAGCCAAGUUACUUCUUGAAAAUGACGCAGUUUUUGCCUCAAAACUUGCUAGCUUUGUUCGCUCCGCGUGACCCUGUCCCUUUCCUUCCUCCGCCGGACAAACUUCCUCACGAAAAGAAAAACCGAGGAUAUCAGGGUGUUGGAGGGUUCCUAGACAAUUUUGAGGAUCCAGCUGAUACUCCACCCCCAACCAGGGUUGAGACUCGAGAUGAGCGUCAUGAAAGGAGAAGGAGAGAAAGAGCUGAGCAAGUUGCGUACAAACUUGAACAAGAGAUAGCUGUUUGGGAUCCUCAUAACAUAUCCACUGCUACGACUGAUCCUUUCAGGACUUUAUUUGUGGCACGAAUUAACUAUGAUACAUCAGAGUCUAAGCUUCGCAGAGAGUUUGAAAUGUAUGGUCCUAUUAAAAAGAUUGUUUUGUGUCAUAACACUCAAAAUGGCAAACCAAGAGGAUAUGCCUUUAUUGAAUAUGAACAUGAACGGGACAUGCACUCUGCCUACAAGCACGCUGAUGGCAAGAAAAUCGAUGGCCGGCGUGUGUUGGUGGAUGUAGAACGUGCCCGCACCGUGAAGGGGUGGCUGCCAAGACGGUUAGGCGGUGGACUCGGUGGAACUCGACGUGGCGGUCCCGAUGUGAACCUGAAGCAUUCGGGACGAGAGGACAAUGAGCGAGAGCGCGAGCGCUACCGCCUGGAGAGGGAGCGAGAGAUGGCUGGCGGCCGCGGAGGCGACAGGGGCGGCGACAGGGGCGGCGACAGGGACCGAGGAGUGGACAGGGGCAUCGGCGACAGGGACCGCGGGAUGGACAGGGACCGGGACCGAGGCGCGGACAGGGACAGGGAGCGUAGGCGGUCUAGAAGUAGAGACAGGGAAAAGAGGCGUCGCUCUCGCAGUCGCUCGAGGGAUCGUAAAAGGAGAAGGAGCAGGGACCGUCUCCGAGACCCCGAUAUUGAAGAAAUUGAAGACAGGCCACCGCGUGAGAGGGAACGUGAACGGGAUCGGGACAAGGAAAGGGACCGUGAACGCAAGAGGAAACGCAGCAGGUCGAGGGACAAGGACAAGGAGGAGAAGAAGGAUAAGGACAAGGAUAAAGACAGAGACAGGGAACGCCGCCGAGAGAAACGGGACAGAGAACGAGAGAGGGAUAAGGAAAGGCGAGGCAGAGAUUUUGAUGAGACUGAUGUACGCAUCAAAGAAGAACCAGCUGAUGACUACCCCGACUACUCUGCAGGAUACAACUAUGAUGGCACUGCCAUUAAAGAGGAAGAUGAAGAAAAAUACAGACCUGAAAAGGAUGGCACAAAUGGGUCAUAUGAAGGAAAUUACUCUGAGAAUUACUGACAUUUGUUUUUCCUACCUUAAUAGUUUUGUCCUUUUAAAAAAUGUACAAAUAUUCACUGUUCUGCUUUUGUAAGUCAACAAUCAUGUAUGAUAUGAAGUCUAUUAUAAUUUUAUGUGAUUAAUAACCUUUUAUAUCCCACUUUCUUCUUCAUCAUGAUUACUGCCUGCAUCCACAUGCACAGAUGCAUUGUUUCCUAGAUGCUGCCUCUAGUCGCAGGCUCAUAAAUUAAAUCAAAAAUGUAUUUUA